CAGUGGCUCGUGGGGACGACGCCUCUGAGACCUGCGACUGGCCAUCGGGACCAUGAAGAGCAAUCGGGGCCGCAAGGGCGCAGGGGGCUCCAAGGACCUCGGCGCGGGACUCAAGUACAGCUCGCGGCCGGAGAACAUGAACGGCUUUGAGGAAGGCCUGGAGUUCUUGCCGGUGAACAACUCCAAGAAGGUUGAGAAGCGAGGCCCCAAGCCCUGGGUUGUGUCGGUGGCCGUACUGAUCAGCUUCUUCUUACUUUCUCUCACGGCCGGUUUGCUGGUGUGGCACUUCCAGUACCGGAAUGUGCAGGUCCAGAAGAUCUUUAAUGGCUACCUGAGGGUUAAAAACGAGAAUUUUCUGGAUGCCUAUGAGAACCCAAACUCCACUGAGUUUGCAGAGCUGGCCAACAAAGUGAAGGAGGCGCUGAAGCUGUUGUACAGAGGGAUCCCAGCCCUGGGCGCCUACCACAAGGAGUCAGCCGUGACAGCCUUCAGCGAGGGCAGCGUCAUCGCCUACUACUGGUCGGAAUUCAGCGUCCCCAGCUACCUGGUGGAGGAGGCCGAGCGAGCCAUGGCCGAGGAGCGCACAAUCAGGCUGCCGCCCCGCACGCGCACCCUGCGCUCCUUCAUGCUGACGUCGGUGGUGGCCUACCCCACUGACCCCAGAACAGUACAGAGCAGCCGAGACAACAGCUGCAGAUUCGCCCUGCAUGCCCGCAGCGGGGAGCUGACCCGCUUCACCACGCCUGGCUUCCCCGACAGCCCCUACCCAGCUUUCUCCCGCUGCCAGUGGACCCUUCGGGGGGAUGCCAGCUCUGUGCUGAGCCUCACCUUCCGAAGCUUUGAUGUCGCGACCUGCGAUGACCGCGGCAGUGACAUGGUUGUGGUGUACGACACCCUGAGCCCCGUGGAGCCCCGUGCUGUGGUGCAGCUGUGUGGUACCUACCCGCCCUCCUACAACCUGACCUUCCUCUCCUCCCAGAAUGUCCUGCUCGUCACUCUGAUAACCAGCACUGGGAGGCGACAUCCUGGCUUUGAGGCCAUGUUCUUCCAGCUGCCUAAAAUGAGCAGCUGCGGAGGCUACUUACGUGAAGCCCAAGGGACAUUUAGCAGCCCCUACUAUCCAGGCCACUACCCGCCCAACAUCAACUGCACAUGGGACAUCGAGGUGCCCAAUAACCGAAACGUGAAGGUGUUCUUCAAACUCUUCUACCUGUUGGAGCCCAGUGUGCCCCUGGGCACCUGCCCAAAGGACUACGUAGAGGUCAAUGGGGAGAAGUUCUGCGGAGAGAGGUCCCAGUUUGUGGUUGCCAGCAAGAGCAGCAAGAUCACUGUUCACUUCCAUUCGGAUCAGUCCUACACUGACACAGGCUUCUUGGCCGAGUACCUGUCCUAUGACUCCAGUGAUCCGUGUCCUGGGAAGUUCAUGUGUAACACGGGGCGCUGCAUCAGGAAUGAGCUGCGCUGUGACGGCUGGGCCGACUGCGCCGACUACAGCGAUGAGCUCAACUGCAAAUGUAACGCCACCUACCAGUUCACGUGCAAGAACAAAUUCUGCAAGUCCCUCUUCUGGAUCUGUGACAGCGUGAACGACUGUGGGGAUAACAGUGAUGAGCUGGAGUGCAGUUGUCCAGCUGAGACCUUCAAGUGUAGCAAUGGGAAGUGCAUCCCAAAGAGCCAGCAGUGUGAUGGGAAGGACAACUGUGGGGACAGGUCCGACGAGGCCACAUGUGACAGCGUGAACGUCGUCACUUGCACCGAACACACCUAUCGCUGCCAAAACGGGCUCUGUGUGAGCAAGGGAAACCCCGAGUGUGAUGGGAAGGAGGACUGCAGCGACGGCUCGGACGAGAAGGACUGUGACUGUGGGCUUCGGCCAUUCAGCAGGCAGUCUCGGGUCGUUGGGGGCAAGGAUGCAGAUGAAGGUGAAUGGCCCUGGCAGGUGAGCCUCCAUGCUCUGGGCCAGGGCCAUGUGUGCGGGGCUUCGCUCAUCUCUCCCAGCUGGAUGGUGUCUGCAGCUCACUGCUUCGUCAACGACAAAGGAUUCAGGUACUCUGACCACACCAUGUGGACCGCCUUCCUGGGUCUGCAUGACCAGAGCAAGCGCAGCGCCUCAGGAGUGCAGGAGCGCAAGCUUAAACGCAUCAUCAGCCACCCCUACUUCAACGACUUCACCUACGACUACGACAUCGCAGUGCUGGAGCUGGAGCAGCCCGUGGAGUACAGCAGCACCGUGAGGCCCAUCUGCCUGCCCGCCGCCUCGCACAGCUUCCCGGCCGGCAAGGCCAUCUGGGUCACUGGCUGGGGUCACACCUACGAGGGCGGCACCGUGGUGCUGAUCCUGCAGAAGGGCGAGAUCCGUGUCAUCAACCAGACGACCUGUGAGAAGCUGUUGCCGCAGCAGAUCACCCCACGCAUGAUGUGUGUGGGCUACCUGAGUGGGGGUGUGGAUGCCUGCCAGGGCGAUUCCGGAGGCCCCCUGUCCAGCGUGGAGGCAGAUGGGCGCAUCUUCCAGGCUGGCGUGGUGAGCUGGGGUGAUGGCUGUGCGCAGAGGGACAAGCCAGGCGUGUACACGAGGCUCCCUGUAUUGCGGGACUGGAUUAAAGAGCAGACUGGGGUGUAGAUGCAAGGGCCAUCCACCUGCCACCACAGUGUGCACCCCUGAGAACAAGAUCUCUAACUGUACCCCUGCCUCGGGCCCCCUGGAAUUCAGACUGUGAGCUGAAUCCCCAGGACUCUGGAGAUGGAGGACCAGCCUGCAGAGCCUCUCACCUCACUCAGCCUCCAGAGCUGGGUUGGGAGGUGGGGCAGA